UUCAGUUGAACGGCGUCGUUGUCCAGGGGGCUGUGCAUCCAACGGUCUAGUGCAUCGCGUUGUUUAAGUGUUGUCGCUAUGGCGUUGAGAUUCUUGAUAAAUUUCUCAAACAAGCCGGUGGAGAAGAUUGCUACUUCGCUUUUAUUUAGACACUCGGCCGGCGCCAAGACCUCGGCGCCGGGCGUCACGCUGCCGCAGAAGCCGAAGAUGCCCCGCUCCGGCUACAUCAGGUUCGUCGCCGAGACCAUGGCCAAGCUGAAGACGGAGGCGCCCGGCACCAAGUCUUCAGACAUGGUGGUGAAGGCGUCGAAGCUCUGGAGGGAGCUGGAUCCCGCUGAGCGGAAGCGCUUCAACGACGCGUCCGCCACCGAGAGGGCCAAGUGGCACGAAAAGGUGGCCGCGUUCGAGGCGCAGCUCAGCCAGCGCGAGCGUGAUCAGCUGGUGGCCGAGCGGCAGCGGCAGCGCGACCGGCAGAGGGACGAGCGACAGCGGCGCCAGCGGCGGCGCCAGCUUACCGACCUGCAGCGGCCGCGCAAGCCGCCCAACUCCUUCAUGCUCUUCUACAUGGAGCGCGUGCCCGAGCGCAAGGACAUGCAUCAGAAGGAGUUCCUGGCGGAGAUUGGCAAGCGCUGGGCUGGCAUGAGCGAGGAGGAUAAGUUUCCCUACGUCAAGCGGUUCCAGGACCUGAAGGAGACGUACGCCAAGGAGCUGGAGGCUUGGGAGAAGCGAAUGAUCAAGGAGGGACGGUCCGAUCUCGUCGGACCGGUGCUCGCCGAGGAGGAGGUCACCAAGGGUCGCCACCGAUAG